AUGGAGCCCCCCAGAGCGCUUCUCGGCUGCCUGGCGAGCUCCGCUGCUGCCGCCCCACCGGGGGAAGAUGGAGCGGGGACCGGGGCCGAGGAGGAAGAGGAAGAGGAGGAAGCGGUGGCGGCAGCUCCCCAGGAGCUGGGCUCUGAUGAGCCCCUGCCUUUCUGGACGGCUGUGUUCGAGUACGAGGCGGCUGGCGAGGACGAGCUGACCCUGCGGCUGGGCGAUGUGGUGGAGGUGCUGUCCAAGGACUCGCAAGUGUCAGGCGACGAAGGCUGGUGGACCGGGCAGCUGAACCAGCGGGUGGGCAUCUUCCCCAGCAACUAUGUGACCCCGCGCAGCGCCUUCUCCAGCCGCUGCCAGCCGGGCGGCGAAGACCCCAGUUGUUACCCGCCCAUUCAGUUGUUAGAGAUUGAUUUUGCAGAGCUAACGCUGGAAGAGAUUAUCGGCAUCGGGGGCUUUGGGAAAGUCUAUCGUGCUUUCUGGAUAGGGGAAGAGGUUGCAGUGAAAGCAGCUCGCCAUGACCCUGAUGAGGACAUCAGUCAGACCAUAGAGAAUGUUCACCAGGAGGCCAAGCUCUUCGCCAUGCUGAAACACCCCAACAUCAUUGCCCUUAGGGGAGUGUGUCUGAAGGAACCCAACCUCUGCUUGGUCAUGGAGUUUGCUCGUGGAGGGCCGCUGAAUAGAGUGUUAUCUGGAAAAAGGAUUCCCCCAGACAUCCUGGUGAACUGGGCCGUGCAGAUUGCUAGAGGGAUGAAUUACUUACACGAUGAAGCAAUUGUCCCCAUCAUCCACCGAGACCUUAAGUCCAGCAACAUAUUGAUCCUCCAGAAGGUGGAGAAUGGAGACCUAAGCAAGAAGAUUUUGAAGAUCACUGACUUUGGCCUGGCUCGUGAAUGGCACCGAACUACCAAGAUGAGUGCAGCAGGGACAUAUGCAUGGAUGGCUCCCGAGGUAAUCCGUGCCUCGAUGUUUUCCAAAGGCAGUGACGUAUGGAGCUAUGGGGUGCUACUUUGGGAGCUACUGACUGGUGAGGUGCCCUUCCGAGGAAUUGAUGGCUUAGCAGUAGCUUAUGGAGUGGCCAUGAACAAACUUGCCCUUCCUAUUCCUUCUACAUGCCCAGAACCUUUUGCCAAACUCAUGGAAGACUGCUGGAAUCCUGACCCCCAUUCACGACCUUCUUUCACAAAUAUCCUGGACCAGCUAACUACCAUAGAGGAGUCAGGAUUCUUUGAAAUGCCCAAGGACUCCUUCCACUGCCUGCAGGAUGACUGGAAACAUGAGAUUCAGGAGAUGUUUGACCAACUCAGGGCCAAAGAAAAGGAGCUUCGCACUUGGGAGGAGGAGUUGACACGGGCAGCACUGCAACAGAAGAACCAGGAGGAGCUGCUGCGGCGUCGGGAGCAGGAGCUGGCCGAGCGGGAGAUCGACAUUUUAGAACGGGAGCUCAACAUCAUCAUCCACCAGCUGUGCCAGGAGAAACCCCGGGUGAAGAAACGCAAGGGCAAGUUCAGGAAGAGCCGGCUAAAGCUCAAGGAUGGCAAUCGCAUCAGUCUCCCUUCCGAUUUCCAGCACAAGUUCACGGUGCAAGCCUCCCCAACCAUGGAUAAAAGGAAGAGUCUGAUCAGCAACCGCUCCAGUCCUCCUGCAAGCCCCACCAUCAUUCCUCGCCUUCGAGCCAUCCAGUUGACACCAGGUGAAAGCAGCAAAACCUGGGGCCGGAGUUCAGUCAUCCCAAAGGAGGAUGGUGAGGAAGAGGAGAAGAGAGCACCAAAGAAGAAGGGACGGACGUGGGGGCCAAGUACAUUUGGUCAGAAGGAACUUGCGUCAGGAGAUGAAGGAUCCCCUCAGAGACGCGAGAAAGCUAAUGGUUUAAGUACCCCAUCAGAAUCUCCACAUUUCCACUUGGGCCUGAAGUCCCUGGUAGAUGGGUACAAACAGUGGUCGUCCAGUGCCCCCAACCUAGGGAAGGGCCCAAGGAGCUGCCCUGCCCUGCCAGGGUUCACCAGCCUUAUGGAGAUGGCAGAAUCUUAUUCUUAUUGCUUUAUUCUAAUUUUCUCUCUCCCCUCCAUUUCUCUUACCUUCACAGAGGAUGAAGACAGCGAAGGCCCAAGGAGCGAGGAGAAUCGUCUACAGCAUUCGCCCAACCAGUCCUACCUCUGUAUCCCAUUCCCUCGUGGAGAGGAUGGGGAUGGCCCCUCCAGUGAUGGGGUCCAUGAGGAGCCUACCCCAGUCAACUCAGCUACCAGUACCCCUCAGCUAACGCCUACCAACAGCCUCAAGCGGGGAGGUACCCAUCACCGCCGUUGUGAGGCGGCUCUGCUUGGUUGCGGAGCUGUUCUCGCAGCCACAGGCCUAGGGUUUGAUCUGCUGGAAGCUGGCAAAUGCCAGCUACUUCCCCCAGAGGAGCCUGAGCCACCAGCCCGAGAGGAGAAGAAGAGGCGUGAAGGUCUUUUUCAGAGGGCUAACCGUCCUCGUCGAAGCACCAGCCCCCCCUCCCGAAAGCUUUUCAAGAAGGAAGAACCCAUGCUGUUGCUAGGUGACCCUUCUGCCUCCCUAACGCUGCUCUCUCUCUCCUCCAUCUCUGAGUGCAACUCCACUCGUUCCCUGCUGCGCUCUGACAGUGAGGAGAUGGUGGUGUACGAGAUGCCCGUCAGUCCAGUUGACGCUCCACCUCUGCCCUUCUGCACUCACAAUCCCCUGGUUAAUGUCCGAGUGGAACGCUUUAAGCGAGACCCCAAGCAAUCCCUGACUCCCACCCAUGUCACCCUUACGGCCUCUACACAGCCAAAUGGUCACCGGCGGACUCCUUCUGAUGGGGCCCUUAAACCAGAGGUUCUCCUAGCCAGCAGAAGCCCCUCCAGCAAUGGUUUGAGCACCAGUCCUGGAGCAGGAAUGCUGAAAACCCCCAGCCCCAGCCGAGACCCAAGUGAAAUCCCCCGUCUUCCUGACCCCAAUGUUGUCUUCCCCCCAACCCCACGGCGCUGGAAUAUACAACAAGACUCAACUUUGGAGAGACCCAAGACCCUGGAGUUCUUGCCUCGGCCACGUCCUUCUGCCAACCGACAAAGACUGGACCCUUGGUGGUUUGUGUCCCCAAGCCACGCGCGCAGCACCUCCCCGGCCAACAGCUCCAGCACGGAGACCCCCAGCAAUCUGGACUCUUGCUUUGCUAGCAGCAGUAGCACUGUAGAGGAGCGUCCUGGACUUCCAGCCCUGCUUCCCUUCCAGGCAGGGUCUCUACCCUCCGUUGAGCGGACGCUUCUGGACCUGGAUGCUGAGGGGCAGAGUCAGGACAGUACAAUGCCACUGUGCAGAGCUGGACUAAACACACACAGGCCUGCCACUUAUGAGAUCCAGCAAGAGUUCUGGUCUUAGCAUGAAAAGUUUGGGGUGGGUAAGGGGGAUGUAGGAGGCCAUGGGGAGAGCUGGCUGGCACAGCCCUUACUCAGAGUUGGACCUCCUGAGAUCCAGCCCUACUUCUUGCACUGAUAAUGCACUUUGAAGAUGGAAGGGAUGGAGAUAGGGCCACUUCAGAGAGUCUCCUGCCCUACAGGGCCUUCCUGCACAGGUCCACUGAAGGGGCUGCAGCCAUCAGCUCUGGCUCUGUAGGGGAGGGAAGGGUGUGUGCAUGCUCCCCACCCUCCACAGUUUUCCUCGCCUUUAGGGUGACCCUGCACAGUCACUCAGCCAAAUCAGUCUGCUGCUGCCCCUCCUCAGCCAGCCUGGGUAUGCCCAGAGCCUGUCCUGGGGUUCCUUUGUUUCCCUGAGUUCACACUUCCCAAACACCAGU